CUCUCUGUAGGCAUGCUUCUAAGAAGAGCACUGACCAUGAGGAAGCCCAUGUGUUAGUUGUUUUUUACUAAACCCACGGAAGAAAAUGGAGCCACGUUUCAGCUUUGCCGAACCUUUUUCCACCACAGUUGGCUGAAUGAGAAAUGGUCAUGUGAUUAUGCUGACACCCCAGCAUGCAUUUGGUAGACCUGUGGUUAACUCGUUCCCUCUCCAUGUGUCUGCUCUUACAAAGCUUUGUCCUCAUGAUACUGUGCUUUCAUUCUGCCAGUAUGUGCCCAAAAGGCUGCCUCUGUUCCCACUCUGGAGGUCUGAAUGUCAGCUGCAGCAAUGCAAACCUCAAGGAAAUACCCAGAGAUCUUCCUCCAGAAACAGUCUUACUUUAUUUGGACUCCAAUCAGAUAACAUCUAUCCCCAAUGAAAUUUUUAAGGACUUGAACCAACUGAGAGUCCUCAAUUUAUCAAAAAAUGGGAUUGAGUUUAUAGAUGAACAUGCCUUUAAGGGGGUGGCAGAAACCUUGCAGACUCUGGAUUUGUCUGACAACCGGAUUAAAAGCGUGCACAAAAACGCUUUCAACAACUUAAAGGCCAGAGCCAGGAUUGCAAACAAUCCCUGGCACUGUGACUGCACACUGCAGCAGGUAUUGCGGAGCAUGGCCUCCAACCACGAGACAGCCAACAACGUCAUCUGCAAGACUUCUGUGCUGGAUGAACACGCAGGGAGACCAUUCCUCAACGCUGCCAAUGAUGCUGACCUCUGCAACCUUCCUAAAAAGACUACUGAUUACGCCAUGCUGGUCACCAUGUUUGGCUGGUUCACCAUGGUGAUCUCCUAUGUAGUUUAUUACGUCCGACAGAACCAGGAGGAUGCAAGGAGGCACCUUGAGUACUUGAAAUCCCUGCCAAGCAGGCAAAAGAAACCAGAUGAAGCUGAUGACAUUAGCACUGUGGUAUAGUAUCCUGAAUACAAUGACUGCCUUUGUGAUGAGAACUAGAAUUGGAUGACGCUAAAACCAGAGGUUUACUACUAAUGUUCAUUGUAAACAUUAAGACUUUUGGGGUUGUUUUUUUUUCCUGUUUAACUGAAUUACGCCCCUGUUGAGCUUUCUAACAGAAAGUUUUGUCUGGGUGGUAUACUUCAAUUAUUUCUCUGGUGGUAUCCUAAAACAAGUGAAUUAAUAUGUAAACAUUAGUUUAGACCCAUUCCACUAUUUAAUAACUAAAUUUAUUUUUUUAAUUUAAAAACUAAAUAAAAGCUUAAAUUUGAACCAUGUAAA